CGGAGUUUUAAGUUUAACACACGCACAAAACCAGAGAUAAACAGGCCAAAACAAACUCCACCUGUUUUUUUCCUCAACUCCCUCCCUCCACUCUACGCCUCCCUUUUCUUUCUCUUCCCAAACACAAUUUAUCUUUCUGUACUCGAUCUCUCUCUCUCUUCCUGCUUUCCAUCCCGCCAUCCCUCCGCUCCCCGGCGAUCUACGCCCUUCCUCCGCCGCCGCUGACAUUGCCGCCGGCUAGGGUUUCGGUGUCUCCUGAUAUUCAUUCGUGUUCGUCGUAUGCUCGUCGGCCUUGCAGUUAGGGUUUCGGUUUCGGGAGGUUUCCAGAAUCGGAGCUCUCAUAACUGUCAGAUUCGGUCAGUGGUUGGGAGGACGAUAGUGAAUUAGGUUUACGGGAUUGAUAUCAGGAGAACUACGGGGAAGUUGAGUUGGCGAUUAGGUUGAUUUUAUUUUGGCGUAUUGGAUUUGGAAUCGGAGAGAGAGUCGAGUUCGAGUGUUCCGCGAUGCCGAGGAGUUCGCGGCACAAGUCGAGCAAGCACAGUUCGAAGGAUGCGAAGGAGAGGGACUACUCGGAUUCGGAGAAGGAUGCGAGUUUGAAGGAGCGGAAGUCGAAGGAGGAGAGCGGUUCCUCUAGGGUUUUGAAGGAGUCCGGAGAGAAGCGGAAAUUGGAUUCGAAGGAGAAUAAGGAUGGCGUUGGCUCUGGCAACGGGGAGUACGUGGAGGAAUAUUCUUCUUCCUCGAAGCGACGGAAGGACAGGGUGGAGGACGGUGGGAGCGAUAGGUGGAAUGGCGGUGAGGAUGGCAAGGGCGAUGUGUGCAAGAAGUCGAAGGAGAAGUUGAGUGAAUCGAAGAGCAGCAAGCGGCGGGAAGGGAGUUUGAAGAGAGAUGACAAUGUUGGAAACGGUGGUGGUGAGAACGAAGAGGUUGUUGGGAGAAGGAGCAGUGGGAAGAGUGAAGGGAAGCAUAAGGAGUCGAGUAGCAGAAAGGAUGGGGCUGAUAGGGACAAGGACAGAGAAAGGGAUAAGGACAGGGAUAGGGAGAGAGAUAGGGAGAGGAAGGGUAAAGAAUCGAGGAGCGAGAAGUUGAUUGAUGGCGAGGACUUGCGUUCUGGGAAGCAGGUCUUUGAAAAAACUGUGCUCAAAGCUCCGGACACAUUGCACGACCCAGAGCCUGAAAACAUACCUGAGAAACGCCCUAGGAGAAAGAGAGAUGGUUCUGGUGAUGGUGAUAAGUACCAGGAUGAUGUUACUAAGGAUGCAAGAUAUAGAGAUAAGAACCAUGAAGGUGAAACUAGGCAUCGAGAUGAGAAGCAAAGAGAUGAACGCCCUCCAAGAGAUCAUAUAAAUAGCAGGUCUAGUGAUAAGCACUCUAGGGAUGAGCAAGAUGGUACAGGUUCUCGGCACAAGAAAUCCAAGACCCAGGACAUUGAGUUCGACCGGGAUCGGGACAGUGAUUAUGAUCGUGACUGUGAGCAUGAUAUUGGCCGUGACCGUGGUUAUGAGCGAGGAAGGGAAAGUGACCGUCAUCGCGAGCGUGUUCGUGAUCGGGAAAAUGAUCGAGACCACGAUUGGGAGUGGGAAAGAGAUCGAGAACGUGACAAGGAUCGUGAGAGGGAGAGAGAUAGAGAUAGAGACCGGGACUAUGAUUCAUUUUAUGUUGAUGAUAGAAGAGAUAGGAACAGAGAAAGCAGGUCUAGGAAGAGGUCUCCUGAUGAUCUUGAUGAUGAUGUGAAAUUGAGAAGUAGUAGAGGAUCCUAUACAGAUGUGGAUAAUAAAUUUCCUAGUGGCAGUAGGAUUGAAGGAGAUGCUGACAGGGGAAGGUCCCAGUCACGUCAAUCACACCAUGAAAAUAACUUCAGUGGAAGUAGGAGGAGAGCUUCUCCAGUCAUCAGUUCUCAGGGUGCUGCAGAUGAAUAUAGGUUUGCCAAAGCAGAAGAUGUGAGGUACAGAGAUGAUGGGCCAGAGCAGAGGCCCAGAACAAAUAACUCGAGAGAUGCUAGUUUGUUUUCUGGAGGAUCGGACAGAUCUUCUAAGCUUAGAUCCUCCGAGAAACCUAUGAAAAUGGAUGAUGCCCACUCGGCGGAUUUGCCCUUGGAGAGGACCACUAGCUCCAAAGCUUCACCGAUGGGUCUAGUGGAAAGAUCUCCAACGUCGAAUAGCCUCGAGCGUAGAUAUAUGGGCAGAAAUAAUGUCAGAAGGAGCCUUGAGAUUGACGAGUCGGGAAGAAGGAACAGUGGGUCGAUGGGAGCUAGAGAUGUGCCUUCUAUUGAAGAAAGAUCAGUUCGGGAUUUGCCAAUGGAGAAAGAAGAUUCUAGUUUAAAUGGUUCUUCCUUUUACAAUAGAUCGAGUCAGCCCAAUUCCCUUUUGAAUCCUCCCCCAUCAUCUAUCAGGGGUGGGGUUAAUAGCCCUUCCUUUUUGGGUUCAUUUGAUGAUGAUGGUAGGCUCAGCACCAGCAGUGGUCGCUACAAGAGGACGGGCGAUCUCAACAUGGGACGAGGUCAAGUAAAUGCCUGGAGGGGUGCUCCAAAUUGGCCUUCACCUCUGCCUAAUGGAUUCAUCCCUUUUCAACAUGGACCUCAUCAUGGGGGGUUUCCGCCUAUGCUGUCUCCUUUUCCAAAUCCAUCUUUGUUUGUUAGACCCUCAAUGGAGCUAAGCCAUUCUGGUAUCCCUUAUCAUAUCACAGAUGCUGACAGGUUUUCUGGUCAUUUGCGCCCUCUGGGAUGGCAGAACAUGAUGGAUGGAUCCGGUUCUUCUCACUUACAUGGAUGGGAUGGCAGUAGCAAUGGUAUAUUUAGGGAUGAUGGCCAUAUGUUUGGUGGUCCAGAAUGGAACCAGAAUAGGCAUGCGAUGAAUGGUCAUGGAUGGGAUUCGAGUUCGGAUAUCUGGAAGGGACAAAACGGUGAUAUCACCACAGACUUGACCUCCAAGUCUUUGAAGGAGGACAACAAAGUUCAGGCUCCUGUUGAUGAUAACUCGGUUGUACUGGCAGCCGGUCAAAAGUUGAUGAAUGAGACUUCUGAAGAUGGUUCGAAGGCAAAAGCAGUUGAAAGUAAACCUCCUGCUGACUUAGCAGUCAAAGAAUCUUCUAAAUCUCACCUCAAGACAACUUCCCACCACAGGAUUGCUGCUGACCCUCCUAAAACUUCGAGUGAAGACCAUUUCAGUAAUUUUAUCAAUGCCUAUCUAUCUAAGGUGGACAUUUCUAGUGAACUUACUAGUUCGGAUCUGUAUAGUCGGUGUAUGGAAUUGUUGAAGGUUGAAGUCAAUGCAUCUGUUGAUGAAGAUGCUGACGUGCUAAUAAAUUUGAAGGAUGGUGCGAGGGCAGUGCCUAAAAAUUCCAGUGUCUUCUUCAGUAACGCGCUCUUUCCUGCUUCCAGUGACUCAAUAUUCAAGAGAGCGUUGGGCAUCUACACGAAGCAGAGAGCAACUGGUAUGCCAUGUAUACAAGGGGGAAUAAUUGAUGUUAUACAAGCAUCAUCUGAGCCGAAGGAGGAGCAGCAGCAGCAUUCCAUUACCCAUAAAGAUGGGGAGAAAGCCGAGGAACCUCUCACUUCCAACCUCGACAUAGAAAUGGCUGAUGCACCACCGGCCUUGAAUGUGGAACAAAAAGUACCUGUUGAUGACAUUUCGCUGGUUUCUACGGAGGUGGCCAAGAUAGAAGAGAUCAUUGCAACAACUCCUUCAGAAGAGGCGGUUCCUGUUUGUGCUGAUACCACUGCACGAAAUUUAGAGACUGUGGAUGAAGAGACUCCUCGUUCUGACGUGGAGGGGAAUAUUCCAUCGGAAUGCCUUGUUGGGUUGAAGGUUGAUGAAGAAGAAAGGUCGUCUGAUGCCCCAAUGUACGAGGACUCGGUACCGGAUAAUCCCCCUCGAAGAGGUUCCCUUUUGCCUACCGAUGGUCAGGAGGAGGGCGAUGAAGGUAAUAGCGGUAGCACAGAUAAAAAUGUCGAAGAAGAGAAGAUGGAGGUGAGAGAUGCGGAAUGCUCUGCAGGCGGCGGUUCAUUAGUUUUAGUGGAAGAUGAUGAUGGGUGUUCUUCCAGGGCAACUGAGGGAUUGAUGCCUGGGGGGACGAAUGAGUCUGAUGAGUCGCUUGGCGGCAGCAUUUCGACCUCAGGGCAGCUCCAGUUGACAGGUAAGGUCUCGGUUCAGUUGCACACUUGCACUGGUAUUAGGGAGUCCGGGCCUCCGUGCCCGGGUCUUGAAAUCGAGGGGCCCAUGGGCCAGGUCUUGAAAUUGAGAGGCCCAUUGGCCAGGUCGUGA